AUGGAGGGUAAUGUCGGACCAGUGGUGCGCCGGCUCUACCUCUCUGUCUAUAAUUGGGCUGCGUUCUUCGGAUGGGCACAUGUGUUGUGCCAUGCAACAUUAGCAUUGUUGGUGAGGAAGCCUGAGGCUAUCUACACCGCUAUCGAGCAGCCGCUACUGGUCACGCGGACUGCCGCUUUAAUGGAGAUUGUCCAUUCACUUGUAGGGUUUGUGAAGUCUCCUGUCUCCGCAACAAUUCUACAACUUAUUGGAAGGAUGUUUGUUACAUGGGAUGUCUUGUGGAGCUUUCCCGAGACACGCCCUCAUAUUCUUGUUACUUCCUUGAUCCUAGCAUGGUCCAUCGCUGAGGUCAUCAGAUAUCCUUACUAUGGUAUGAAGGAGACAUUUGGAUUUUCUCAUUUCUGGCUAUUAUGGCUUAGGUACAACAUGUUCCUCAUACUCUAUCCUAUUGGUAUGUUAAGUGAAGUUGGCCUCAUAUACGUCACACUGCCUUACAUGAAGGCCUCCAAUAAAUACUGCCUUCAAAUGCCCAAUAAAUGGAAUUUCUCCUUCAACUACCACUAUGCAUAUGUUCUUCUAAUGGGUAUCUAUUUUCCAGGAUUUCCACACUUGUUCCAUUAUAUGCUCGUUAGGAGGAAGGUGGUCUUAUCAAAGGCAAAAGCCGCAUAA